CAGCCUGUCAAGUCUUAUUCAUCGUCACCUGUUCUCGUCCAUUGUCAAAUUAGUCACUGGGUCAAUUCAAUGAUAAGACCUUAUCUAUCCAAAUAAUCAACCUUUCCUUGUGCGUAAGCAAGAGAGACAAGAGAGAGAAAAAACAGUAGUGAAUUGAUUUGCAAAAAGGCUUCCACAUCAUCCAUCACGAUGGAACCUGGAGGUGCGGUAGCAGUAACGGGAUCGGAAGGAGGAGAAGUUGCAUCGGCCUUUUCAAACGGCGGCGACGUGGACGGCAUGAAGGGAAUUGAGGUCACUGCAAAACAGAUUGUCGACCGGAUAAGCAAUAGUACGGAGAAUGCGAAGGGGAACAGGUCACGGACGAGUAGCAGCAGUACGAAUAAAGACGGAGAUCUCGUCGCAACGCCGCUGACGUCGAAUGAAUCGGCGAUCUCAUCUUCUUCCGCGGGGGGUGACGUGAAGAGAAACAGUUUAAGUAAAACGGUGCGACAGCUCUCGAUCGCCGGCGGAGUUGUGCCAGACGGACAAAUCUCGGCGGAACAGAAGGCAGUGGAACAGUUGUUGAAAGCUGUUGAGAAAUGGGUUCAAGAAGCGCAACAAGAGUCGGAAUCUGAAAGUGGGGAUAAGCCCAGCGGCGGAGUUAAGGAACUGGACAAUCUCCACUGGGUGUACAGCAUUGAAUCAUAUCUUCGAAGUUUAGACACUGACUGGACCUCCCAGAAAGCUCUCACGCACAAAAUUGCAUCCCAACUUUUGAUUUGGUUGAAGCAAUUGUUUCAUUUUUCGGAGAAAGACAAGGCCGACGAGUACAACAGUAUUCAUCCACACUGGGAUAUUAACGGCGGCCUGAGUGCUAUGACUCAGAUGAGUUUGUACCUGAAAUUCCCCAACCUUUACUCUCUUGGAUAUCAGCAUUUUCAAGAGGAAGGGAAAACUCCAAUGAUCUACUGUUCCGAUGAACUUAUCGGUCACCAAAUUUGCUCCAAGAUUGGCUUGCCUUAUAAUUGCGUCAGUGUUGUCGACUUCACUCAAAAGAUGUGGAUUGAACAGCUCGAGACUCGUUUGAAAUCUGACAUUAAGAUGGGAAGAGUGCCUGUCGCGUUGCUGAUGAAUACGGCCGUGCAAAAUUUGGAGAGGGGCGUAAAACUUGCAGAAGCGCAUAAAAUCUGGGUGCAUUUUUACGGAAACAAUGUCUUGGCGUAUUUCUUGAAACGAACGGAAUCAAGCAGUUUGGGCUGCAGCUUUACGCUGGACUUGACCCGAUGGUUGAAAAAUCCUAAACUUCCAUAUUUGACUUUGUACAAACGGCCUGAAAAAAUUGAGCCAAAGAUUUUGGAACUGUGCGAGUUGGGAUCGCCAAGAAGCGAAAUUAUGUGUUUUACUCCUUGGUUUGUUGCUCACGUUUUCGGUAAAACGAGGCUGAUCGGACUGGUCAACGAGGCCAUUCACCGGGGCAAAUUUUUGCUAGAGAUGGUCCAACGGUUUAGCCCGCUUGUUGUAGUGCCUAAUUGGUCCACCCUCAGCGAUGGAAAUGUGAUACUUUCAACACUAACAUUCCAAUUCAACCCAGGAACGAAACCCCACAAAUCCUCCGUUAUUGCCUCUGGACCACCCGACGUUGUCAAAGUCCACAAGCACAGCCCGCAAUAUUUGGACACGCUGAAUUCUUGGCUCUACCACAUAAUGGAACGCGACCUUAAGGACAUCCUCCCCUUGGAGUUCGUCUUUGUCGAAACGCGCGGAUGGAACAUUCACAUAGACAUCAUCCGAACCAGGAAACACGGUCCGGAAGACGAGGCUGCUAUCAUUACCGCAUUCGAGAACCACAUGCACGUCUUGCAGGCUACGGUCAAUCAGAAAAUCAAGUUCCAAAAGUUGGUGGAAGACUCCGAAGAGAUGGAUUGGGUCAACAAUGAGAACCACUGGGCUGGUUUGGGCGCUGUUCGCUAUAUCCCAUCCUGCCACCGAACCAAUGCUGUCCAAGCAGAUCCCGCUGUUCCUCCUCCAACGGAACAGCAGCAGCAGCCGAACGGACAAGUCGUUGCCGACGAGGCGUCUUCCACUCCUCCGCCACCAGCAGCAGCUCCUCCCGCACCAAAGAAACUUGCCGCUCUGCCCGUUCCUGAUGAGAAGACGAAGGACGAAAUUGACCACUUGAACGCCCAAAUAGUCAACAAAUUGAGGGCGAUUGACUCUGCGUUUUCUCUCGGAGAGGCAACCACGGGCGAGUGGUGUGUACAGUUCGGCAUGGUCACGGAAGAGACGGACGUGCAAGAACUGGUCCGACUCGUGGCAGCUACGGGGCAGGAGAUUGAAGAAAGUUCAGAGUUUUUUAAUAGGAUGUCCGAACUAGUCAGAAAAGGCAUUCAUGAAGCAGAAGAGGAAUUACGCAAAGAGAGCGAAGAAGCAUUAUGGGAGGAGGGCAUUUUACGAAGAGUUCCUAUCGUGGGCACGUUCGUUUCGUGGUUUUCACCCCCCACGAAAGAAACUGGAGUUCGGGGGCGAGCUUUAAAUCUGACCCAGGGUAAAGUCGAGAGCACAGAAAAUAUCUACAAGUACCACAUGCAAGUCAAGGCUACCACCUUCAACAGCAAGACGCAACAGGAAGACAGCAACAAAAAAUGAAGAUUGCAAUAAUAUCAUGCCAAAUUCUUCUUGUAUAGAAAAUCAAUUUGUAUUGUUAAAUUGUUAUUAUGAACAUGUCCGAAUAUCUGAUUAACCAAAUCUACAAAAUAUUACCAGCUUUGUUUAGUACAUUCAAUUUACUAAACUCGUACAUAUUUAUAAAUAUGCCUCGCAUGAAAUAUGUUAAUUUAAAUAUUAUGUAACAAUCCUCCAAAAAUUUAUCAUGAUUAUAUUUCAACUUUGGAUUAGAAUCUUGUAGAAUUAGAAACUUUCCUGUUUUUUUAUAUUUAAUUCCACCAAUUUUAUCCGAAUUAUUUAUGCAAUAUUGCAAUUUUUACGUAAUUAUGUAUGCGCUAAUUUCUACAUUCUCCACCAGGCCAAGUAUCUUUGUGAUCUUCAUUAAGUUUUAAACGUAUAAUGUAAGUAGUAGAUAUAAUUUUGGUGCAAAUUUCUAGUUGUAAUCAACCCAGCAGGUGUCUAUUACCAGUAGUGUAGCAGUUUUUAAGUAAAAAAAGUGGUCAAUUUUAAUCCUAAUCCGGUCAGAGCUUUAAGCAAAAUAUUCUUUCGACAAUCUUGGAUUUGCGAAACUCUAAAUGUUUACUUUAUCCUGUUUAAAGUUAAGAAAUAUGUGUAAUAGGGAGUUAGGAAACCUACGUUUUUAAAAUUUCGGGAACUUUCCCUGCCUCCAAAAUUUCCGGAAACAAAAAUAUUUAGAGGACAGAGUGAUUUCAAGAUCGGCUCCAGAAAUUCUGAAACAGUGAAAGUUUUGGAAAUUUUAAGACGCAGAUUUACUAAUUGCCCAAUGAAUGUUUGUCUCUUUAUAUACUGAAUUUUAUUUAUCUUUUAAAACAUGUAAUACAAAUACUUUGUCCGAAUGCAAUAAUAUUUAAAAACAAAAUAAUGAACAUUUUAAUAAACCAAGAAUUUCAA